GCUAGUCUCAGCUAGUCAGUGGUUUCAAAAGCCCUGUCACUCCAAAGGACAGAAACGGGGAGGGCUGCCAUGAUAAUAUAUGGCAUUGGAAACCCUGUAGGCCCUUUGUAGUGUUUCCAGCAGCAUUGCUGUGAGUGAGUGAAUAGACUCAGGCAGUGAGUAAGUUCAGGAGCCACCCCAGGUGGUCGUGGCGCAGGAACAAGAUGGGCAGGCUUGAUGUCUGGGGAUCUUCUGUGCUUUGGUCUGUUGGAUGGGUUGGGUUGGAAGUGAGUAUGUUGCUGAUUUGAGAUCCCUGGGGGACUGGAGGGAUUUGAUCGGAUGUGGAUUUGCUGGAGGAGUCUUUCGGGGUGAGUAUGUAAAGUAUUUAGUAACCAAUAUGUUGGCCUUUGCCCCACAAGUGGCUCCUCAGGGGAAAGGUGUGCCAGUCAGCUUCUGUAAAAUGUAUGUCCUCGCAGUCUGUAUGGGACAGUAUCCUAGAAAUUUUAGUGAUUUUUGUGGUGGGCCAACUCUCAAAAGAUGCCCUUUUCACCCCUUUGAACAGUGAUUUUCCACGAUGCCCUGAUGUCACAUUCAAUAAGCAUUGCUUUCCUUACCACAAGGUUCACAGUUUAUACCAAUCCUCUGUUCUGUAGUCAAGAGAUGAGGCCUUGAGCUCUGAAUCUGGUUUAUAGUGACAGAAGCUCCAAAGACCACAUGUGCUCAGUCUGAUGGGGUUGCUGUGAAUUUCCAUUGACUUGAGUCCAGUGACUGGGUGUCUUAGGCAGAAAUGUGACCUACCCAGGUAGUGCACACACAAUUAGACUCAGCUACCUCUUGUUGAAAAGUAAGGUAGUUCAAAUCCACACACAGAGGCGGCUUGGAAGGUAAGCCUGGCCUUCAGGUACUGAGACAUCAGGCACUUGAGAACUUCUUGCUCAGAUCUUAAAUUAGAAUUGACUCCCCGGGAGUUCACACCAGCAACCAGGUGGACUGAAAUGAUUUCUGGGUAGUAUAUCUGAGAUCAUUCUGAGGGUGGCAUGGCCUUCUAAAACUGCCUCUUACACCAAAUGAGUGGAGGACUGUGACAGGAUCAGGUGACAUACACAAAUACACACGAGUAAGUUAUCUGUAGAAGUCCCAGUGACUAGGAUUGGCUCAUUUCAAACCCCCAAAUGUCUCCAAGUACUAGGACUUGGGGAGUUGAACACAAGUGGAACUUUCAGCCUAGUGAGACGACAGGCUUAUUUCUUGAUGACCUGAUUGGUCUGUUGGGCGUUUCCGAGUCUUUUUCUCCAAAGGCAUUGAGCUGUACUCUGUGUUCUCUGGCUCAGGUAGCAGAAGCUGAUUUGGGACCUGGAAAUGGAACCUGAGAGGUAGAAACCUACCGGCACAAUCAAGUUUGGCAGGUUUGACUUCUUCAUCUACUGACUGGCUCCCAGAGGAGAAGGGGAAGCAUGGAACCUGUGACGUUGGAGGACGUCACCAUUGUCUUCACAGAGGCAGAGUGGGCGGGACUGAGCUCUGAGCAGAAGCAUCUGUACAAGGUGGUGAUGCUGGAGACUUAUGGGAAUCUGCUCUCAUUGGCAGAAACAAAUCAAGAAAUGUGCUCCUAUUCCGCCUGCCUUUUACAUAUCCCUUGUCAGCAAGUCCUCAGCCAACAUCUGCUUCAGGUGGCCCAAGGCUUGUGUGGCGAACAUCACUUCCAUCCCAAGGGUUUCAGUUUAGGGCCUCAGAAGCGACCAGAGCAGCAGGAUUCUGGUCAGAGCUGCUGGAGUGAAAACCCGGAAAGUCAGGAGAGCUAUGUCACCCCUGAAGGCUUGUAUGUGAGUCCAGCAAGCAGAGAGACCUCCUGCCCAACUGAGGAAGAGUCAGCCAGUCCUAGAGAGGGCCACACCGGGCUAGGUGUGGAGCCCAACUCAUGCCCAAGGGUUUCACCUUUGCAAACAGAGAGAGUCUUGAAGGAAUUGGAAACCUCCAGGUUUGGAGCAGUCAACCAUAGAGAGCACGGACCAGACUGUGACUACAACGACAAAAUCAACACAAUGCAAACAUCCAUGCUUCACGAGAAGCCCCAUGUGUGCCAGGAGUGUGGGCGAACAUUUAUUUACAAGGUAUAUCUCACCCAACACCAAAGGGUACACGCCGAGGAAAAGCCCCAUGUGUGCACGGUGUGUGGACGAGCCUAUAAAUGGAAGUCAAAACUACUUCACCACCAGAAAACACACACUGGGGAAAAGCCACAUGUAUGUCAGGAGUGUGGACGAGCUUUUAAAGAGAAUGCAGAUCUCACCAGACACCAAAAAAUACACUCUAGCGACAAGCCAUAUGUGUGCCACGAAUGUGGGCGACCCUAUAGCAAGGAGUCGGAUCUCCUCCUCCACCAGAGGACACACUCUGGGGAGAAGCCACAUGUGUGCAACGAGUGCGGGCGAGCCUAUAAAUGGAACUCAGAACUCAUUAAACACCAGAAAACACACACCGGGGAAAAACCCCACGUGUGCAAUCAGUGUGGACGAGCUUAUAAAUGGAAGUCACAAUUCAUUCACCACCAGAAAAAGCACAAUGGGGAAAAGCCACAUGUGUGCAGUGAGUGUGGGCGAGCCUUUCUUUUUAAGUCAGAGCUUAUCAUGCACCAGAAAAGACACUCUGGGGAAAAAUCCCAUGUCUGCAAGGAGUGUGGGCGAGCCUUUUUUUGGCAGUCAAAUCUCAUUCACCAUCAGAAAACACACACUGGGCAAAAGCCGCACGUGUGUCAGGAGUGUGGGCGAGCCUUUGUUUUGAAGUCGCAGCUUACCACGCACCAGAAGAGACACACUGGGGAAAGAACACACGUGUGUCAGGAGUGUGGGCGAGCCUUUCUUUUUAAGUCAGAUCUUAACAUGCAUCAGAAAAGACAUUCUGGGGAGAAAACACAUGUGUGCCAGGUGUGUGGGCGAGCCUUUUUUUGGAAGUCAAAUCUCAUUCACCACCAGAAAAGACACACUGGGGAAACGCCACAUGUGUGGGAGGAAUGUGGACAACCCUUUCUUUUGGAGUCACAUCUUAUCACCCACCAGACCCCACACACAGCGGAAAAACCCUAUGUGUGCAAGGAGUGUGGGCAAGCUUACAAAUGGAAGUCAUCGCUCCUUGAACACCAGAGGAGACACUCUGGGGAAAACCCAUAUAUGUGCAAGGAGUGUGGGUGUACCUUCAAGUGGAAAUCAGGUCUCCGUAAACACCAGAAAACACACACUGGGGAAAAGCCAUCUGUGUGCAUGUAGUGUGGGCAAACUUUAUUUGAAAGUUACAGGCCCUCACAUCAGGAAAGACUUGGGGAAAGUCAUGUAUGAAAGGAGUGUGGGUGAGCAUUGAGGCAGAAGUCCAAUCUUUGUGACUACCAGAGGAUCCACUCUUGGGUAAAACCACGUGUGUAGCCAAAUGGCCUAAUUUACAUUAUUAGCAAGCUGCCUCUUGUGGGCGACACAUACCUCAUAUUUGUAUCAUUCUAGCCACUCAUUUGGUAGAAAUCACAAAGACUGGCUCCAAGAAUCCUAGAAAGCCAUGCAGUAUCUACCUUUAGGAAUGCACAACGAAAAUUUCCUGAAAGUUCAAGAAGGCUAGUGGCAGUGUUUCCCAACGUACUUGGGUUUCUCUAACGUUCUUGAGCACAAAGUACAUGCGUGUGAGCAGUAUCUUAAAAUGCAUGUUUUAAGUACCUUGGAGUUGGUUUUAACUCAUAACUUGAUGGGCAACAGAAAGAAACACCACCCAGACUCCCCAAAUCCUCACAGUUGUUCUGUGUUUGAAGCCAAGGUUGCCGCCACUGUGUGUCAUUGGUUCAGCUUUAUUUAGGUGUCCCUGUUUCAUACCACACAUGAUAUCCUUCACAGACUGGUGUUUCCUGAUAACAUGUCCAAAGUGCAUGAGGUGAAACCUGGCAUCUUUGCCCCCAUUGAGGAUUGUGGCUGUACUUAGAAGAUAUAUUCCGGGAAACCUGUGAUGGAUAUUCUGUCCCAUAGUCCUUUAAAUAAAAUAGGCCACACAAAAGCCCAUAAAAUUACAUAACGAGUUAUAUAAUCCAUUCCCUGAAGAUCUCCUUUUCAUAUGAUUUCUUACCAUUCCUACAUAAAACAUGAAAGGUAGAGGGGUCAAUGCAACUCCAAGUAGGAUUCAUGUAGGAAUUAGUAUUUUGCACUUUGAACCCUUAGGGAACUGUUGAAGCAUACAGUGAUAAAAGGAAAAACUGCAAAGUCAAUAAUGCUUUAAUAUGGUUGAUGGAGAUUUCAAUGAAUGCCAUCUUGCUCAUAAUACAUUAACAAGCAACUUUCAGAAAACCAAGCUGGAUUCUGCAGAAUGUAGAACAGGGUAAACAUUACUGGUGAUAUGAGCUAGAUUUUGGUUCCGUGUUCUUGUUGACCUCUCUAGGUGUUCUAAUGCUGAAAGGUGUAUUGGUAACUUCAAUUAUUAUUGCGUACUCAUUUUCUUUCAUUUGAUCAGUAUUCCUUUCUAAGUUUGUGCUGUUGUUGAGGCAUAUGUAUUUAUGAUUAUGUUUUGUUUGUAAAUUGGCCCUUUUAUAACUAUGUGAUAUGUGUGUUUAUCUCCUAGCAGGUUUUAUAUUUACACCUACUUUGUCUGAUACUGAGAUUUGUACCUCUGCUGUCUUGGUUGAUAGUAUUUUAUCCAUCCCAUGUCAGUCCACCUAUUUGUUGGCUUGGGUCUACGGAAUGCCUCAGGGAAAUUGCAUAUAGUCAGAUAAUUCUUUUGAGCCCAUUCUAAUACUAUUUCCUUUGGGACAUUUAGUUCAUUUAUGUUCAUUGCAAUUAUUGAUAAGGAGUGGCUUAUUUAUGUCAAAAAAAGUGGCUCAGUCUUUUUCCUCUUCUAUUACUGCUGCUUUUGUGUUUUGAUGACUUAUUCCUUUUGUGUACAUGCUGUGUCAGUCGGAACCCUGUAGAGAAGAAAGCUCUGAGACCUGUAUAGAUGUAUGUAGAGAGAAGUUAUGACAAGAAAUGGCUCACACAUACUGAAGGGGGAGACCUCACAUUGUCUGGGGUCACUCCUUAAAAAGAGACCACCAAUCUUAUGGAAGUAGCAACAAAAAUAAUUUUAUGGUUGGGGGGGUCACCACAAUAUAAGGAACUGUAUUAAAGGGCCAUGGCAUUAGGAAGGUUGAGAAUCUAUACAACAUCAAGACAAGGCUGGGGCAAAACAGUGGACCCAAGAAUGGAAGGAGAACCUUGCCAGAAAAUCAAACCAGGACCAGGGGAGAGAUGCAUCUACAUCUUGUAGUAGACAUUGAUCAUUCUGUUGGUGAGUACAUUGGGUUAUUGGGGAAAGAGUAGCUGUACAUCAGGAAGGGAUGUUAAAUAAGGAUUGUAGGGAGGUAAUCGUCCAGAGUUUAUGUUCCUGGAUAGACACUAUGAAUAUGUUUCUAACUAAUCCUCAGUGAAAUACACCAUGGACUAAGCACAAUAACGCCCUUGGAUCCUGACCUUGAGGGCAACAUGGCACAACUCAAGGGCUACACCAGAAGGAUUUGACAUAGAGGAAUUUGCAGAAUGAACAGUGCCCUCCCUCAACACUGCCUGGGACUGAGGACUGGGCAUUCGAAUGAGAGAAGAAGAAAAGUGACUACCGCAGACCAGUGGAAGUGGCAGUCAUCGGACCUCAAGGGAACCCCUGGUUUGGGUGGUUGUCCAAUGGAAAAGGACCCAGAAUCACCAUAUAUUUAGGACAUCCUUUCUCCCCCUUGCAGGAACAUGGCUGGUUUUGAGCUAUUGGGUAGAGAUUUGAACUUGGAAGAACUAAUCCAGGAAAUUUCCCACUGGCACCUACCCCCAUGCCUAGGGUAAAACAGCACAAUCGAAUGGGAGAUUGAACUGUGUGGAGCAACAACUCGGGUUGCACCGUGGAACUGUAUUUGCAUAGACUCAUACGUACAGAGUCCAGAGUGAGGUGUCAUUGGAAAGAUGGGUGUUAUAAUGCAAAUUACCUUAUAUACAGAGGGUUGAUAAGGAUUUACUUUCGUAUGUCUAUAGGGUUUUUUUUCCUGCCUAUAUUUUGCUUGUUUUUGUUGUCUGCUAGUUGGUUGGUUGCUGUUGUUGGAGUAGUUGGUCAUAGGGGGGGUUGAAUUUGUCAGUACAAAUGCCACAGUAAAGCUGAGGCAUGCAUAUCCCGCGGACAAGCAGAUGGGUUCUUGGCUCCCACUUAAUUAUGGGUAAACACUUGAGGCUCUGGUGGAGGAAGAUCUUUGCACUUGUGAGUUGGAAAUUAAUCCCAGUUAUUCUAACUAAAGUUAUUUCCCACAAUGUCCCCCCUUAAUACUGCCAAUCUUAAAAUGUUUAUUACAAGCUUAUGGUUGCUUACUAUACACUUAAAGGUUAUCUACUUGAAAGUGAUCUGCCUGACGGUUUUCUGCCAUUGAGAGCAAUCAGAUAGUAUUGUCCGCCUGACCCUUUGUUUAGCCGACUCCCUUAUGAUAAGGAGCACAGAUUGUUCACCUGAAGAAGAGCUCAGGGACCCCUAAACUCAAGUCAGCUCAGGGAUGACCAAGGUUAAUAAGCCGCCAUCUUAACUCUAGGACCUGACCAUCCUUUUAGUUAUGCCUUCCUGUUACAUGUAUGCCCUAGUACCUCCCUUUUUUAUUAGGUAUAUGACCUGAGUACAUGCCCUCCUGUUAACCUACAUGUAUUGCUUAGCUUGCAUGCCCAGUGAUUAUAUAAGCCUGUUGGAGAAUACACUCACACACAACCCCCUCUGGUUCCAGCACCCAAGAAAGAGGUAAGUCCUUGCAUGUCUUUUCUGCUGUUGAUUUAAUUUACACUUCAAUUACACAACCACCCCUUAGGAUCCAUUAAGCUGUGGAGGCUGGUCCCCCACAAAUAGAAAAUUUCUAUGGACAACUGGAAAAGACAAAGGAAAAUAUUACAAUGAAAUUUUGAAUGGCCUAGAGUUAGAAAAUUAAAAGGAAGAACAUG